UCGCAAAAAAGCAGAUCGAGUCCGUUUGGGGCGGGCCCGCGUAAAAGUAGAGGGAAAGAGCGUGUGUUGUUACACUAUUCGUAAUCCAAGUGUGAUAGCGAGGAUACGUCGCGCGAUACACACCUCAGUGUUUUCUUCUUAAUUCUCAGCUAUACAAGUGUUGUGACAAGUGAGUGCCAAGUAUUGAGAGCUCUCUAAGCCGGUCCCGUUUCUUUUCUAAUGUAAAACUAUACACCGCUAUAACACUAUCAAGAAAUAAUAAAGAAGAAAAAAAAAAUAAGAGAAAUCGUCGCUGAAAAUUUCAAAGAGAUACCAAUACUCAGUUACUUAUACAAGACAAUGACAUUAUUAUAAUAUCAAUCAAAUAAAUCUGUUCAUAUGUAAAUUUCAUAACGAUGACGACUUUUUGGAUAAUACUGAUUUUUAAUACAAUUAUGAUGUCAGUUUUUUGUUCGACACCAGACGAAAUAGAAGCGGAAAAGAGCGGAUGGAACGUUGAUCCUCAAACUCAGUACCACAUUCAAACCGAUGAAGGCCCUGAGAGAUAUUUUAGGUUUCAAACUCUCAAUGGGCAAUUCAGAAAGGAAAAGAGACUCGAGGAUGGUACGGUCGUUGGUACAGAAGGAUGGUUAGAUCCUCUAGGUUACUUGAGAAUUAAAGAUUACAUUGCUGAUAGUAAUGGAUACAGAAUACUCAGAUCUAAGAAGAUCUUCGUUGGUAAAGAUAAGCCCAUUGGUGAUGCAGUGGCAAUCAGUCGGCGGCUUCCAGCACAAACUGGAAUUUUAGUGCAAUCCCGCCGGAGACCUCCUAAUCCUUUUAGACGACCCUCACAUCUAGAUAUGUCUGAUAACAGCAUCGAACGGAAUAUAGCAAUAAAACCAACGUAUCGAAGUGACGUACAACGAAUGGCGGUUCUACCACCAAUUGCGGCUGACGAAACAUACAAUGAACUGGCAAAGCCCUUCAGAAAUAAUAAUCCAUCUAUCUAUCAACUCCAAACGCCUCGAGCACAUUUUCAUAAGAGCUCACAUUAUUCUUAUCCCCAAUUAUCAGAGCCUACAAUAGAGAUAGAACAACCCCUGAAUAAUUAUAGAAAUAUUUUUAACCAACCCAUUGCCAUAACUAGUAGAUCAAAAGGAAAUGCAAAAACUCGUCCUUCGGAUAACUAUCAAUACAGAGCAGGUCAAUUCAAUAAUAAUAGUAAUAUAGUAGCAAAAGAGAGGAAGAGCCAAAUGCAAACUGACGAGGAAUUUCCUCAGUAUGAUGGAACUCAUACUUUUUCCGAUGGAUUUCAAUAUUAUUUGAAUAGGCAAUAUCAUGAAGAGGAACAAAAAUCUAAUGAUAGAGUCGGUUCCUUUGGAUAUAUAGAUCCAUUUGGUAUUAGGAGAGUCAUUUAUUACAAAGCUGAUGGGAAUAAUGGUUUUCUUCAUAAAAAAAAUAACCGUUACGUUGGCUUUGCAGCGACCCCUUAUGAUUCUUUACCAAUCAUAGCAUCAAAUUAAAAUAUAAAACAUUGGAUCUGAGUAAAAUAUUCUCUUUUAUGUAAUAUUAUUCCAUUCAAAUAUUAUUAUUAUUAUUAUUAUUAUUAUUAUUAUUAUUUAUAUAUAAUUAUUUAACAAGAGAAAAACAAAGUACGAUGUGGAUGUCAAUGCCAGUCGUAUAACCCAUGUCUCUGAAAGGGAAAUGCCAUAUUGAAGAAGGAAAAAUAAUAAUUAUAAUUUUUCUUCAGGAGAUAUGCAUUUGAUUAACUCUGAAUUUAUUUUUUAAACAUUUAAACGUUUAGAUUCACCAGCCAUUAACAGGUUAGUUUGCAAAAAUAAAUUAUCCAUUUUUGACAAUUAAUAUAAAGCAUAAAAACAAUUUUUUUUUCUCGAGAUUAUAUUCAUUGCCUUGAUGGUCACAAUACAUUUUCAUAAUUCUACACAUGCGACAAAUUAUAGCUUUGAAAAAUGUUUGGAAAAAAAUGAAUUUUGGCCUCAAAGCAAAUAUUUUUUAGUAUAUCUCUGCAUAAAUAAUUCACUCAGAUGUACUAUGUAUUUUCUACCUCUUUUUCUAUUUCAUGUGACUGCAUAAAAUAAUGAUUAAAAUAUCCAAAAUUUCUCAGUUGA